UGAUUAUAAGGAUUUGCUUAAAAGGAUUAACUCUGUACGUGCUGAAAUUACGAAAGCAUACAUAAAAUUUAUUUAAUACUGAUUUUUGGGGUUCAUUAAUUGAUAAUAAGGAAUUUGAUUUCAAGAGGACUAUACCUGCUCGAAAUGGCAACCCUAGAAGAUAAAUCCAUUUGGGAAGAUAGUGAGGAAAGUCUUGGAGAGGAUGUUUUGCGAAUGUCCACAGAUGAGAUUGUGUCGCGAACGCGAUUGUUAGAUAACGAAAUAAAAAUUAUGAAGAGUGAAGUAAUGAGGAUCUCUCACGAAUUACAAGCACAAAAUGAUAAGAUAAAAGAGAAUACAGAAAAGAUCAAAGUUAAUAAGACCCUUCCGUAUUUAGUUUCCAAUGUUAUAGAACUAUUAGACGUUGACCCACAGGACAUGGGAGAAGAGGAUGGGGCAGUUGUUGACUUAGAUGCUCAACGAAAAGGCAAGUGUGCUGUGAUUAAAACUUCAACACGACAAACAUACUUUUUGCCUGUAAUAGGACUCGUCGAUGCUGAAUCCUUAAAACCUGGAGACCUAGUAGGCGUGAAUAAGGACAGUUAUCUUGUUCUCGAAACACUACCCGCCGAGUAUGAUGCCAGAGUAAAGGCGAUGGAAGUAGACGAACGACCUACUGAACAGUAUUCUGAUAUCGGAGGGUUGGACAAGCAAAUUCAAGAACUUAUUGAAGCAGUUGUACUUCCUAUGACUCACAAGGAGAAGUUUGAAAAUUUAGGAAUACAACCACCAAAAGGAGUUCUUCUCUACGGACCACCUGGAACUGGAAAAACUCUUCUCGCUCGAGCUUGUGCAGCUCAAACAAAAUCUACAUUCUUAAAAUUAGCUGGACCUCAACUUGUACAAAUGUUUAUUGGUGAUGGUGCAAAGUUAGUCAGAGAUGCGUUUUCGUUAGCAAAAGAAAAGGCACCAGCAAUCAUUUUUAUCGAUGAAUUAGAUGCAAUUGGAACCAAACGUUUUGAUUCGGAAAAAGCCGGAGAUCGAGAGGUGCAACGCACCAUGUUGGAGUUACUGAACCAAUUGGAUGGCUUUAGUUCUACUGCAGACAUUAAAGUAAUAGCUGCAACAAAUAGGGUGGAUAUUUUGGAUCCUGCUUUACUCAGGUCAGGCCGUUUGGAUAGAAAAAUUGAAUUUCCUCAUCCCAACGAAGAGGCUAGAGCGCGCAUCAUGCAAAUACAUUCUCGCAAGAUGAAUAUGUCACCAGACGUCAACUUCGAAGAAUUGUCCAGGUCUACUGAUGAUUUUAAUGGUGCCCAAUGCAAAGCUGUUUGCGUCGAAGCGAAAGAAAAUUGGAUACAUUCAGAAAGAGUUAAGUGGGGAGCCAUUGGGAAACAUUCGGCGACAUUCGGAAAUGAUCAGAAAGAAGUCAGAGAGUGGGACAUUCGGAAAGACUUGGAAAGGUUCGUGGGACAGCUCAAGGUUCACGAAGAAACAGAAGCAAAGUUGACAUAG